UGGAUACCUCGUGCCCAGCGCACUGUUCGCAUGGACGCAGGAGGCUGCAUAUGGCUCGUACCGUCAGUGCUUGUAGAACUGCAUGCACUUCUGUAAUGCUUCGUGAAAGUACGGUUUUUAUCUCUUAGAAAUAAGUAUUCUGUAUCGUCGGAUGGUCUGUAUUUUACCAGAAGCAACUGAGGGGCUAUUAAAAGGUAGAUGUCGCUUGCAGGUCUGGGUGAAAUAUGACGUCAUCAGACGAGAGGAGGGGCGGCAUGGAGAGCACGAGGCGGGUAGCGAUCAUCGGGGCCGGGGUGAGCGGGCUGGCCUGCAUCAAGGCCUGCCUGGAGGAGGGGCUGGAGCCGGUGUGCUUCGAGCAACAUGACCAACUGGGAGGAGUUUGGUAUUACACAGACGAGCCACGCCCUAACCAAGGAGCGACUAUCUACAAGUCCCUGGUCAGUAACAGGACCAAGGAGAUGAUGUCAUUUAGCGAUUUCCCUCAACCCAAGGAGGCUCCGCCCUUCCUGCCGUACACGCAGGUUCACAGCUACCUGCGGGAGUUCGCAGACAAAUUUGAGCUCAUGAAGUUCAUCCAAUUUGGUGUGCAGGUUCAGCACAUCUGGCGGGCCGACGACUACACCACCUCGGGUAAGUGGCUGGUGCGCACGGCCCCGGUUGCCGCGGACAACAACAGGAACACCUCUCCCCAGACCAGCCUGUUCGGCAGCGUCAUGGUGUGCAGCGGCCACUUCUCCAAGCCCUUCGUCCCGAAAGUGCCCGGGCUUGAAGAGUUUACCGGAGUUGUCCUGCACAGCCGUGACUACAGCGGUGCGGAGUCCUUCAAGGGACGCAAAGUCAUGGUAGUCGGCGGUGCCAAUUCGGCCGGCGAUGUGGCUGCUGAAGUUGCCCAGGUCGCGUCUGUAGUUUACCUGAGUGUGAGGGACGGCACGUGGCUGUUCCCGCGGCUGGCGCAGGGAGGCAAGCCGAGGGACUUCUUCAUACAAAGGGCCCGGCUGCACCUGCCGGAAUGGCUGAAGAGGGUUCUGCUCAGACGUCAGUGUAACGCAUGUCUGGACCACGACAACUACGGACUGGAGGGGUGUAAAGACCCUAUCUAUGGGUCCACGAUGAUCAACGAUGAGAUGGCAUUCAGACUGGCUACAGGAAAGGUCGUGACCAGGCCGGUGGUUGAGAGGUUUACCCGCACGGGGGCAGUGUUCACUGACGGAACCAGCAUUGACCAGCUGGAUGCCGUGAUAUUCGCCACAGGGUACAACGUCGCCAUCCCCUUCCUAGAAUCGGACAUUCUUCCACGCGAUGUGGGAGAUCUGGAGCUGUACAAGAUGAUGUUCCCCGCCCGCCUGCCCCACUCCAGCCUGGCUGUUAUAGGCUGUGUGGGGACCAUAGGGCCCAUCUUUCCCGUACUGGAGAUCCAGUCGAGAUGGGCUGCACUAGUGUUGUCAGGGCGUUGUAAACUCCCCGAUCCACAGUCUAUGCAAGAGUGGCUUCGCAGCAACAGAGAAAAGUGUAAAAGCAAGAUUGGGCGUGUCUCUUUGAUGGUGUGUACCCUACCGUACUGUGAGGACAUCGCUCAAGAGAUGGGCGUCAGGCCGAGUUUCUGGCAGCUCCUCCUCCGUGACCCUUACCUCGCCUACCUGGUCUACUUCGGCCCGGCCUUCCCCACGCACUACCGCCUGGUGGGUCCGCACCGCUGGGCUGGGGCCGCCAGGCACGCUAAGCUAGCUGUAGACAACACUUACUCUGCGACGAAAAAAUCUGCACAGAAACCCGAGCACUGCUUCAGCACGAAGGUCACCAUCGUUAAAGUCAUGUUCACAUCUCUUUGCGUGAUUGCACUUGGCAUUGUCAUAGGGAUUAGCUAUUGAUACUCCAAUGGCCAUUCGGUGAAGCACAGUUGAUAUCCAAAGCACAAUUCCUUUAUUCCUUUUGAAAGGAAUAAAGGAAAGGAAUUCGGUGAAGCACAGUUGAUAUGAAUAAGGUAGGAUGGGCCAAACAUUUACAUUACACAGUAGCAUGGAAAAGGGGAAGUAGUUUAGGGUUUGGGUCAGGGAAUGCUUCAUCGAUCAGCAGAAUUCUAUUUUAUAUUUCACAAAGGGAUAUAGUUGUAACGUUACCCAAUAGUGAUUCUAUUGGACAAAAGCAAAUGUCAAUGUUUCUCUGUAACCCCGGGUAAGUUUAUUCUAUGUGGCUGCUGUAGGCUGAAAGGUGGAAACUGAACUAGUAUUGAUAGAAUUCGGAUAAAAGCACGAGGUAUGAUAUUCUGCUCAGUGUAUACGUUAACCAUUAGGUAUCCAGGUAUCACCAUGUUCUAUAUGCUGGCUAGGCAUUACAAUAACGAGGGUGUAAUAUAUAUACAUGUGUGCUAGUAACACCAUUUUCUGUAUGGUGUCAUUGGCAUGGUAAGAUGGAUAUAAUUGUUCUGUACUGGAACCAUGCCCCCCUCCCCCAUCUGUACCAGAUGUUAUGUUUAACUAAACGUUCACAAAUGUGUGGUAAGUGACAUUCCACAUAUUGUAACUUAUAAUGAGGGGUAUAUAUUUCACUGAUUGAGGUAAUUGAGGUGAUGUUACCAUGAUAUGUAAUCAUUACCACACUUUUGUUUUUUGAAUCUGCAUUCCGUCAUGGUGUACGUACUGAACAUUUCUGCAAUUCAUGUAACGUUACAUUACAAAAAUGCACCUUUGAUGAUUCCUUUCAACUGGCAUACUUUUUACGGUUGUUUAUGGAGACAUAAUUUUAGACCUUAUUGUAUAUUUGCAGAAAGCUUACUAGCACAUUGAUAUUGGGCAGCAUAUUUGUACUCAAUGUGUGUUUGUUUGAACUAAUUUUAGUUAUCUAUACAAUGUUACAUUUUGUCGACGUAUAGAACGAAAACUAGCACAUCACGAAUUUUACGAUGACAGGUUGUUAGAGGUUUACAUGGGAGGAUAGGUAAACCAUGGGAACUGGUUAGUGCUAGCAUGGGCAAGGCUUUACUGCGGUAAGGAUUGUAUAUUGAGGUAGUUUCGAGUUAACAUGGGACAUGCAGGCUGCAAUGGGUACAAUAUGAUGCUAAAUGAGCACAAAAAUCAUAUAGUGAACAUUUGGCUGGAAAUUUGAUCAGAAAUGACAUUUCUAAGCAGAACAGGUUAGUUGUAUGUAAGGCGUGAAAAUUCUUUAUCAGUAUACAUAGCAUGGUGUUUGUGUUUGUUGAAUUUGAAAUUAACUUCUAUGAAGAGUGUGGAAACUUAACUAUGAUAAUCAUAAAAUUUAUUGAUAGAGAUUCUUAUUUUUCUCUUCUGAUUGUAAUUCUAGCUUUUCAGUUUAGAAAAUGAUUAUGGUAUGUAUGCAGAAAUUAUAAAGUUUGCAGGUAGCCCUUUGUUGGUAACUAGGUUUAGAAAAUGUCAAUCAAAGUGUGAUACUAACUUUGUUACAAAGUUAUUCCGUAUUGUUAAUGUACCUGAGUCAAAAGUGUUACGGCGAACAGAACCAUGCUAGUUAUGUUUGUCUCUCUGUGGACGUUUUAAUCACAGAACAGUACAGAUUACUGUGCUUGUACGUACUUAUAUGGAGGUUAUGUGACACCUUUUAAAUCGGUUACAACCGAGAUAUGAGCUCUGCAUCUGAAUUCCACCUCACGCUUGAGUGAAGAUUGAAUGUCAUCUGAAUAAAAAUUGACCUUUUCACAA